AUGGACUGCAUCAAUUUCAUUGAGCUCGACCUGAUCUUGAUUACGCCCUACCCCAUCGUGGGUACAGGGCCCGGAGACGACGACGUCGUUAGCAAAUCGAGUGGCGACCGCCUCAGCUCUGCCGCUGAAAGAAAUUGCGACGCAAUUCUCUCACUUUCCAAUUCACCGGCUAGCAGCAACAUGCGCAUCCGUUGCAUUGUGUUUGCGGUCUCCAGCUCAUUUCUUCGCGGAAGCGCCGAGUCGAUGGUCGACGGAGAUCGACCUGAUGUCGUUGCUAUCGACCAAAGCACGCUUCCACGUCUCAACACUGACGCAUCGGAUGGUCCAGGGCUGCUAAGGACAUUCAACAAGACAGUGAACACGACCGCGGCUGUCACCCCAAGACCUUUGGACGACUCGGCUGUCGAUGAGACCACUCUCGAAGAGCAGCAAAGUGAGAGGUGGGCGUCUUUGGACGGCGCGAUGGGCCGUUUACGUGACUCGCUGUACCUCCUGCAAAAACGGUCGCCCGGCAAACGUUUCCAAGACAUGUUUGGCGGUCGUCGAAAAGCUUUCACUCCUGGCGCCUUCAACGACUGGCUAAAGUAUGUUGCCAAGUUCCGAGCUCGACAUGGCGAGUACUCUGACGAAGACAUUUUCCAGAUGGUAUGGGAACGCGUACCAAAAGCCGACCGAAAGAAACUGCUUCAGCAGCUUAAACAAACUGAUGUCGGACAGGAUCAUACCCUCUUGCAGCAAUGGCUCAGUAGCUCACUCAAACCCCAGUCUGACGUCGUGGUCAACUAUUGGAAAAGCCAGAGAUACAGCCCUAAGUCUGUGCUCAACGGCCUCGAUAUCGAUUUCUUUGCUGAGCCGGAACUUGCGAUCCACUGGCUAAGGUUCAACGAAGAAGUCGGACUGACGCACCCUGGCGGCGUUGUUUCCUUCGACGAUAUUGCGAUAUAUAUGGAAACGCACGUUGGACGGUCUCACGAUGCCGGAGCUAAUCCUCACGCACUCGCAUCAAAUCUACUCGUACCAUCUCCUUUGAGCGACGACGGAUUUUUCGACCUCGUGAAAAAAGCUCACACGAAGGGGAAGGACAACCUCGACGAAAUCGCCAAACGGUUAGAAGAUACUUACACUCGAUUAAGGGACGAACCUAAGCACGCGAAGUACUCCUGGCAGCCUUCUCCGGCAGUGACUUGA